AUGUCCACUCUGGCAGCGGAUGUCACAUUUGACUUCACCUUCCCACCAUGCGAUCCCACUACCCCUCCGAGCUUCACCUUUGAUCCGUCUCUUCUUGAUAUCCCUUUCAACCCCGGUCACGCUCGCUCCAGCUCGCAUGGAUCCGUCUACUCCUUCGAGUCGUCGCCCUCCGACUCGGUCACCACCGCCAGCACCCGCCGGACUACCCCGGCACGGUCACCCAUCAGGACCCAUGGGCCCCUUCUCCUUCCCAAGAUCCGCAGUCAGGACCAGGCAAUCACACCCUCAGGCGUUGCCGCCCCGGCACCCAAGCGUGUCCGGACCUCUCCCCCGCCUGCCGGUCAAAACAAGAGCGCCUUCCGGCCUACGCACACUCGCAGCCACACCAACCCGGAGACAAUUUCCUUCUCAUCCGCUCUCUCUUACGCCGACGAUGCCAACCCCGCACCGCUGCUUUGCUCGCCCGUGAGCUUCGCCACGGAUCCAUCCGCCAUCUACUCCAGGCGGGCAUCGUCCUGCAGCCUUGACAGUGGAUCAGUCAACGGCUUCGCAAACUACCAGCAAAUGCCCACAUACAUCCCGGCGCGCGCUAGCAGUAGUCCCACCCCGCCGCCGCAACUCUCGGAGCCGUUCCUCUACCCGCAGCAGUACAUGCCGCGUGCCCCUUCACCGCUGGCCGCUGCCGCCACCAUCACCCCGGCCAUGGCUCCCUCAACCACCCUCUACUCGUAUCUCACAUCGCCCAACCCGGCUCCGUCCCUGGUCCGCACCAUCUCCUUCCCCCUCCGUGAUCCUCACACCAAGCACUUCUGGUGGGAUGUACGGCAAAUUCGCCCUUGGACGGGCUUCACCGCCGCCUCGGUCCUUUCUCUUCCGGGAGCCUCGGCCUGCCUUUCUAUGCCGGUAUCUUCCGCCCUCCUCCCCAACCCGGUAACCACCCAGCGCCACCCGGAGACAGAGUCUGCUCUCCACGCUAUCUACGCAGCCCACUAUCUUCCCAAGCUCAACAACGCGCUUGCGCUAUGCUCGCAGCGCCCGCUGAAGCUGUCAGUACCGUCCAAGACGGCCUCUUUGGCCGGGCACCCGGGCAUGGCGACCGACUGCAUGUUUGUCGGCAACGUCGCUGGCGAGUCUUCCUCGGCGGCCGCCAUCUUUGGCGGGAAGCCGACGGCGCGCGUUGUCGGGUUGGUCAAGAGCUUUGACCGCUUCAACACGGGCAUGCGUGUCGAGGGCAACGUCAAGCGCGUCGAGUAUCUCCGCGGCCUGGCACACUUGCACCACGCCAUGCGCGAGCACGGCUGCCGCUACGGCUUCAUCCUCACCGAGAUUGAGUUGGUGUUUGUGCGCAACGGCAACGAGACGACGCCGCACUUUGGCUACCUUGAGGUUGGCAGCGUGCAGCUGGCGAAUGCGAACCCGGAUGGUGUCGUCGACGGUGGCGAUGUGGUCCCCGCGGACCUGGACCAAGUGCAGAUGACGGCCUGCCUGGCACUCUGGGGCCUCUGCAUGCUCGCCGGGGACGAGCCCAUGCCCGGGAACGCGCACUGGAGGGCCGAGAUCGGCGCCCCGGCCGAAGGUACCCGCCGCAAGGCCCUGCCGAGAGACGACUGGAUGCCCCAGCCGCAGCUAGCUGAGAAGCGGGAGGCUAAGAGGUCAAGGGGUUGGGUGUGGCCUGAGGACGCCAUUGGCAGGAGAGAGCUGGGAAAGAGGGGGAUCAAGUAUGGUGCUUGCUGA